AUGUGGUUAGUUUUUAAUGUUUUUUGUAUAUAUUUAUUUCUAUGGCCUUUUGUAUCUCAUGCUGAAAUAAAUGAAAUAAAUCGUCCAACAGUAGGCAUAAUUCGUUGGGAUGCUUGGAAUUUAAUCAAUGGACAAUAUGAUGCAAUAUCAUAUUAUUCUCAUCGAGCUAUGAGUCCAGAACAUUUUCAUUAUCGUUUACCAUUUUUUGCUAAAAUUAAUUCGGAUACUAAUGUUACUAUUAAUGGUGAUACUCAAGAAAUAAUGGAUGAAGAAAUUUUAUAUGCAAAAUUUGCAGGUUUUGAUUAUUGGGCAUUUGAUACUUAUUGUGCAUUUGGACCUAAUUGCACAACAAAUUCUUCAUAUUGUGUUCAAUAUUAUAAACAAACAUCUAAUCAAUAUUGUCCUCAAAAUCCAGCUUAUGGAUUAAAUCGAUAUUUAUCAAGUCAAUAUGUUUCAUUAAUUAAUUUUACUUUUGUUUUAUUAGGUUCAUCACCUUGUGAUGAUAAAUUUCAAGAAUCUUAUAUUGAAUUUAUGAUACAUCCUCAAUUUCAAACUGUAUUAGAUGGACGACCACUUUUAUAUUUAUUUCAAUUUGAUGAUGAAGAAGCACAACUUUGUGGCGGUGGAUGGCACGGUAGUGGACAAGUAUUUAAUAAUUUUCGACAAAAAGUUAUAAAUCGAGGUUUAAAAAAUCCAUAUAUGGUUUUGAUGGAUGGAGAUAUAGAAAGAUGUAAAACUAAUGCUGCUGCUAUUGGAUUUGAUGCAAUAUCAUCGUAUGGAAUAGGUGGUGGUGGCACUAUAGAAGGUUCUCCAUUCAGUGAUGAAGUUCAAAGAAGUGAACAAUGGUGGAAUGCUGCUAUUCAAAGUGGAGCUAAAGUUGUGAUAACUCUUCCAACUGGUUGGGAUCCACGACCACGAUAUGAACAUCCUGUACCAUGGGUUAAUCAAGGUCCAGAACAUUUCUUACAGCCAACUGCAGAAGAAUUACAAAACUUUUUUAAAAAUUCAAUUCAAUUAACUUGUAUGAAUAAAAAUAUAACUGAAGCUCAAACAAUUAUUGUCUAUGCUUGGAAUGAAUCUAGUGAAAAUGGUGCAUCUCUUAUUCCUUCGAUUGGAAAUGGUACAUAUUAUGUUAGAGCUCUUUCUGAAAUACUUCCUAUGUCUUGCUAA